AGGUAUGUUCACCUAUGCAAUGGGAUUGCCAACACUGACAAAAUACUAGCGACUAUUCAAACAGAAGCACCGAAGCCGAAAUCCUUCCUCGGACGCGCCCUUGGCGUAGUAGCACUUGCUUUCUUCUUCACCACAACAGGCUUUCUGAUGGCAGCAGUCCCAGCAUUCAAAGCCGCAGAUGGCUUCAUAAACCCCCCAACGGACGAGGAGACCCUCCUCCUAUACACGCCCGAAGACGACGUGGCGCGAGAAAUCGAGGAGUUCAUCAAGUACCACCCCGUUUCCGUUGAGCUGCGCUCGAACCCGCAAUUCUCCGAAUCAAGACCACACUUGAAGAUCCCAGAGUCAUACCGGAGUCAUAAUCUGACUGGCGGGACUCUUCACGGAACUGAUAAAGUUGUAGUCCCGCCGUACAUUUGGGCCGAGGCGGGCGGGAAGAGCCUUGUCUCGAUUUCAUAUCUAGGAGCGGCUCUUUGUGGACACCCGGGAAUCAUACACGGUGGCAUGCUUGCUACGCUUCUGGAUGAGGGAUUGGCUAGGUGCUGUUUUGGAGCUCUGCCGAAUAAGAUUGCGAUGACUGCGAAUCUGAACAUCAAUUACAAAGCGCCUACGAAAGCUGGGCAAUAUGUUGUUCUGAGGGCCAAGACUACGAAGGUUGAGGGACGGAAAGCAUGGGUUGAGGGUCAUAUUGAAACUUUGGUCGCUCCGGGAGAAAAGCCGGUGAUUCUUGCCGAGGCUUCUGGUCUUUUCAUUGAGCCGAGACAAGCUUCUACAAUGGCACGAGUAUACCCAGUUCAAUGA